AUGGAUUUAUCCCGAGAAAAUAUUGAUCCUUUGGCGUUGGACGAUGACAAAGAAAUCGAGACCGUCCAGACGGCUUCAGUGUGGGAACAUGAGGCACUCUCUCAGAUUCCUAUAAAGGUGUUAAGAGGACACACUGAUGUUGUCAGCAGCUGUCACUUCUGUUACGGCGAUACAAGAAUCCUCACAAGCUCCCAUGACAAGACAGUGAUAUUCUGGGAUGCAGAAAAGGGGGCCCAGGUUCAGCUAUUUGAGGGCGGACACAAAUCAGCCAUUACAGGAUGCUCUUUCAUUCCUGAGAAGAACAGAGUCAUUACCGCAUCUUGGGACAAGACCUUGAAUGCCUGGGACGUUGAGACUGGAAAAAUACUAUGGACAUCUGCUCUGGGUGGUCUCCUCACCUCUUGCAGUGUCUCGGCAGAUGGGAAAUUUGUGGCGUCAUCCUCAGAUUCAGAGAAUGCUCUGUACGUCAGCUGUGCUGACACAGGAGAGAGACUGUUCUACAUGAAAGAUCAUCACAAAUCCACAGUGACCAGUUGCCGUUUCGACCCUCAGAGUGAGCAUGUAGCCAGUGUGUCUGCUGACAAGACCAUUAAACUGUGGGACCUCUGCUCUCACAGAACUACGCUUACAAUCAACAGCACCCACACAAAUGUCAUCUCCAACUGCUGCUUCACCAGCAAUGGUCGGCACAUAUGCACGGCAUCUUGGGAUAGAACUCUCCAGCUGUGGGACAUUAAGGAAGGGAGACUUUGCUUGCGCGUUGGAAUGGAGAUCAGCAAAGGCCACACUGGCAGUGUCAGUUCCUGUGCAUUCUCAAACGAUGACUCUUUUCUUGUAUCCGGGGCUUAUGACAAGACCGUAGCCGUGUGGGACAUGAAAAGCCAAUGCAGAACUUUGGUCCUUAAGGGACAUCUGGACUGGGUAACAGAUGUGGAUGUGAGUGCUGACAAGAACUGGGUAGCCUCAUCUUCAAAGGAUUCAACAGUUCGACUGUGGAACGUAGAAAAUUCAGAGCAGAUUCCUGCAGUGAUUGAGACCAGAAGGGCACAAAGAAUGGGGUUUCAAAUCCUCAAGUGUGAGGAAUGUGGAAAGCCUUUCUCCAUAUCCCGGACGGAUGACUCAGACAUAAUAAAAUGUGUAUUUUGCCGACUGAAAGCACCUAACAGAUCCUUGCCAGCACCUCCGUGUCUUUAA